AUAAGCCUGCGGAAAAACCAGCUAGCGAGUCAAUGAACUGGAAGCACUGAAAACCUGUCAUUCUUUCAGGACCAACUCCAUUCAUAGUUCAAAGGUCUCAUCUUUCUUCCGGUGGAGAGAAUCUUUCACCCAGCCGGUUUUUCUCCCGUUGGCUGCACAAUUUGGAGCAUUUUGAUUUUUUGACAGCGUGCGGGGUUAGCUUUCACGAGGAUGGGGGAUUCACUGCAGAACUUUGGAUCGGAGGAGCCGGAAUCGAUUACGGUAAAGAAUAACUUGUCCAUGGAGAUUGAUCCUCCAGAAAAGGAGAACCUUGCUACUGCGGAGGAUUGGCGGAGGGCGCUCAAAGAGGUAGUUCCAGCUGUGGUAGUGAUCCGAACCACAGCUUGCCGAGCUUUCGACACCGAGUCCGCCAGUGCUGGUUACGCAACUGGCUUUGUUGUUGAUAAGCGCCGUGGGAUUAUACUCACCAAUAGACAUGUUGUUAAACCUGGGCCUGUGGUGGCUGAAGCUAUGUUUGUGAACCGUGAAGAAAUCCCUGUGUAUCCGAUAUAUAGAGACCCUGUUCAUGAUUUUGGCUUUUUUCGCUAUGAUCCUGGUGCAAUACAGUUUCUGAAUUAUGAAGAAAUCCCUCUUGCUCCUGAGGCUGCUUGUGUAGGACUGGAAAUCAGGGUGGUCGGGAAUGAUAGUGGAGAGAAGGUAUCUAUUUUGGCUGGAACCCUUGCUCGGUUAGAUAGAGAUGCCCCACACUACAAGAAGGAUGGCUACAAUGACUUUAAUACUUUCUAUAUGCAAGCUGCAUCUGGGACUAAGGGUGGUUCCAGUGGCUCUCCUGUAAUUGACUGGCAGGGCAGAGCGGUUGCUUUAAAUGCAGGGAGCAAGUCAUCAAGUGCAUCUGCUUUUUUCCUCCCUCUGGAGCGAGUUGUACGGGCUUUAAAGUUUUUGCAACAAGGAAGAGAUUCUACAAACAAAUGGGAGACAGUGUCUAUUCCCCGCGGUACACUUCAGAUGACAUUUGUUCAUAAAGGAUUUGAUGAAACCCGCCGACUUGGUCUUCGAAGUGAAACAGAACAGUUUGUGCGAAAAUCAUCUCCACCGGGUGAAACUGGAAUGCUUGUUGUUGAUUCCGUGGUGCCUGGUGGUCCAGCAUAUAAUAAAUUAGAGUCGGGUGAUGUUCUUGUUUGUACGAAUGGGAAGGUGACUACUCAGUUCCUUGAAAUGGAAACUCUACUGGAUGACAGUGUUGGAAGUAAAGUUGAACUUACAAUCGAAAGAGGUGGUGUGUCAUUGACCAUUGACUUAGUGGUUCAGGAUUUGCAUUCAAUAACUCCUGACUACUUCUUGGAAGUUAGUGGUGCAGUGAUACACCCCCUUUCUUAUCAACAGGCUAGAAAUUUCCGUUUUCACUGUGGCCUUGUUUAUGUUGCAGAACCAGGAUAUGUGCUCUUUAGAGCUGGAGUUCCCCGUCAUUCCAUUAUUAAGAAAUUUGCAGGUGUAGAUAUUUCAAAGCUUGAGGGCUUAAUAUCUGUCUUAUCUAAGUUAUCUAGGGGUUCUAGAGUACCGUUGGAGUACAUUAGCCACACAGACCGUCACCGGAGGAAGUCUGUAUUAGUCACAAUAGAUCGCCAUGAGUGGUAUGCCCCUCCCCAAAUUUACACCCGUGAUGACAGUUCUGGAUUGUGGCUGGCUAAGCCAGCUUUAUCACCUGACUCCAUUCUCCUUUCGGAUGUAAUUCCUGUCAAACAUGAUCUCUCAAGUCAUAAUGUGUAUCCCGCCUCUCUUGAGGGUAGUCCAAUGGACCACACGCCUCAUCAUGUUACCCAAGAGUCAACAGAUGGUGUUACAAAUGUGGAAACUGGUUGUGAAGUGACUGCAGAGGGGCCACGAUCUCAGGAUGUUCUUGAUUCUGGAAUGAAGAAAAGAAAGGUGGAAGAAAACACAUCUGCUGAUGGAACUAUUAUAGCCGAUUGCCCCUUACAUGAGCAUGGGGAAGAAAGAUUAGAGUCAGGGAAUCUAGCAGAUACAGUCCCGAGAGACUAUCAAGGCCCUGCAACAGAGGCUUCUAAUGCCUCAGUUGCUGAGCGUGUGAUUGAACCUACUCUUGUUAUGUUUGAGGCUCAUGUACCAUCAUCAUGUAUGCUGGAUGGUGUCCACUCACAACAUUUUUUUGGAACUGGUGUGAUUGUAUAUCAUUCACAAAGUAUGGGCUUGGUUGCUGUGGAUAAGAAUACUGUUGCAGUGUCAGUUUCUGAUAUCAUGCUGUCUUUUGCUGCUUUUCCUAUUGAAAUUCCUGGGGAGGUGGUUUUCCUUGAUCCUGUCCACAAUUUUGCUCUUGUUGCAUAUGACCCUUCUGCUCUUGGACCUGUUGGUUACUCUGCCGUUCAUGCUGCUGAGCUUAUUCCUGAACCCUUACUCCGUCGCGGUGAUUCAGUGUCCCUUGUGGGAUUGAGCAGAAGCCUGCAGGCAACCUCUAGGAAAUCAAUUGUUACAAAUCCUUGUGCUGCCCUGAAUAUUGGAUCCGCGGAUUGUCCACGGUAUAGAGCAAUCAACAUGGAAGUUAUUGAGCUCGACACUGAUUUUGGUACUAGUUUUUCUGGGGUGCUAACUGAUGAAUGUGGAAGGGUUCAAGCCUUGUGGGGAAGCUUUUCAACUCAGGUCAAGUAUGGUUCCAGUUCAUCUGAAGAUCAUCAGUUUGUCCGUGGAAUUCCAAUCUAUGCAAUAAGUCGUGUUCUGGACAAAAUUAUUUCUGGUGGCAACGGACCUCUUCUUCUUAUAAAUGGUGUUAAGAGGCCUAUGCCACUAAUGAGAAUAUUAGAAGUUGAACUUUUUCCUACUUUGCUUUCCAAAGCCCGCAGCUUUGGAUUAAGUGAUGCUUGGAUCCAGGCACUUGUAAAGAAAGAUGCAAUUAGACGGCAGGUUUUAAGAGUCAAAAGUUGUUUUGCUGGUUCAAGGGCUGAAAAGUUGUUAGAACAAGGUGACAUGGUCUUAGCGAUCAAUAAGGAACCAGUUACUUGCUUUCGUGACAUUGAAAAUGCUUGCCAAGCAUUAGAUGGGUGUGAUAACGGUGAUGCCAAACUGUGCAUGACCAUAUUUCGUCAGGGGCAUGAAAUUGAAGUACUUGUGGGAACAGAUGUGAGGGAUGGAAUUGGAACCACACAUGCAAUAAAUUGGUGUGGCUCUAUUGUCCAAGAUCCUCAUCCUGCAGUCCGUGCACUUGGAUUUCUUCCAGAUGAAGGCCACGGUGUAUAUGUGACAAGGUGGUGUCAUGGGAGCCCUGCACAUCGGUAUGGUCUGUAUGCUCUUCAAUGGAUUCUUGAAAUUAAUGGGAAGCCAACUCCCAAUCUGGAUGCUUUUGUUGAGGUCACUAAGAAAUUAGAGCAUGAGGAGUUUGUUCGUGUAAGAACUGUAUACUUGAAUGGGAAGCCCCGAGUGCUUACUUUGAAACAAGAUUUACACUAUUGGCCAACAUGGGGACUCAGAUUCGAUCCUGAAACCGCCAUGUGGCGACGCAAGAUCAUCAGGGCAUUGGACUCUGGCGUGAUGUGAAACUUCUUGAAUUAGCAGUGAGCUUUCUCCAGGUUCUCUUUUUGAGGUAGUAACUUGUAACUUGUAAUAUAGUCAGAAGCAUGCACUCUGUUCUUAACAGUCACGAUGUAAUCACCGAAUCACGAAUCUGAUAUAUAGAUAUAAUUUAUGAAUAAUGAUGCACUUCAACUUUACUCAUAAGAAAGAAUUUACAGAUUUCGG